AUAUCGCGAUAUCGACCCUACUUCCGGCUGAAAUUUUGUUGGAAAUAAUUUAUAAAUUAUGGCAUCAUUUGUCGUUAAAGUGCUUUCAGUCACUUUAGGAUUGUUCUUUAUAUUUGUAGGACUGCUUAAGCUUUCACCUGCAAUUAACAAAGAGCUGUACAAGGAGAUGAGGAAGCAGUUCAUUAGAAUGGCCAAAGUGUUUCCCCUGGUGUCCUGGACUGGAUGGAAGCCAAAUGCUCACAUCUACAGAAAAAUCAUUGCCUCCACUGAAGUAACAUGCGGAGCCAUACUUGUUCUUAUACCAGGGCCUUUGAAAAUUGCUGCCAAUAUAGUGAUGAUAUUGAUAAAUGCCAAUGACGUUAUAGCACACUCACAAAUCAAGGAUGGUCUACAAAGAAUGAGUCUACCAAUAGUAUUUAUAUUGUUAUUAUCAUGUCGACUGCUUAUAUACUACCAGGAGACACAGCGGGAAAAGAAGCUUCUAGAGGAAAAACAAAAACAGAAUGAUGGUAAUGUUUCUGAGCAACAGACAGCCGAAGAAACAUCACCAGAAGAGAAGAAAACACAGUAACAACAGCAGUUAAUCAAAAUGUUCAUGGCCAUCAAUCAUGCACAUGUAUUAUUUGAGAAACAUGUUUUUAAUAUGUAUAUUUUCUGUCCAUUUUCUAACACAUGAUUUUGGGAAAAGGUCCCUGGUCAUUUGGGAUUUUUUUAUAGUUACACAUGAAAAGAAAGAACGAAAAAAAAAAACAACUAAACAAAACAUUUUUAAUUAAGUUUUGAUAAUUGUAUAUUAAUAAAUGUUUAAGUUCAUUUUCAUUUUUGAACUUAAUAAUUGGAACUUAUGAAUAAUAAGAACUUUUAGGUGAAAGCUGAGCUUAUUCCCUGUUCGUAUAAUAUUUUUGAAAUUUGAAAAAAAAAUCAACAAUAAACAGCCUAUUUCUUAUUGCGAAUGGGGCCUUAAUUCAGCCAAGAAUAGGCCUUGAUUUGAAAAUGGAAAAUUAUCAAUAAGUCCGGUUUUGCAUUAGUAACUAUUUUAAAUCCAUUCAUCAUUCCGAAGUAUUCUGUUAAAGUUUACCAAAGGCUUAGGAUGCUUUAGUUUUGGAAUGCUGUGAAGUUGUGACUAAAAAUCCUUAUUGUGUUAAUUUGCCAAAUUAAGUCUCCACAAAUAAGCAAAUUCCCCUUUUAUUUGAAAUCCAUAAAUUCAUGUCCCCACAAAAAUUACAGUUUAUGCCAAGACCAUUUUAUGCUCAGAAAAUUAGAUGUUUGGAUGGGUAUAGGCCCAUCCACAGAAUGUACAGAUAUUUGGGGAUUAGAUUAUAUUACUUCUUGAAAUAGGAGCCAUGUGCCUGUGCCUAAGUGGGUAGUCUUUCACAACUUACAGACACCAGGGUACACCUGUUUUGCAGUUGAGGCACUGUGCCUUAAUGGGUUAUUGAAUGGCCUGAGUAUUUAUGCUUAGAUUUAUUGUAUGCUUAUUUAAACCGUUAGCUCAACUGGAAUAAGUAAAAUUCUGUAUUAUCAUAGUACUCUAAUGCAUAAACAUAAAUCUGUUUAACAAAAUUGAUGCAAAAUAUUUUUUACUUAAAGUAGGACCUGCGAAUUAUUAUUAAGCAUUUUUAUGCCCUCUCCCCCCCCCCCCCCCCCCCCCCCAUGAGUGGUGGGGGCAUAUAGAUUUGCUCUUGUCCGUGCAUCCAUCCGUGCGUCCGUCCGUCCGAAGUUCGUGACACGCCUAGCUCAAAAAGUAUUUGGUAUAAAUUGAUGAAACCUUGCAUGAGUCUUUAUCAUGAUAUUGAACUUGCGCACCUUCUAUUUUUCGUCUGGCUCCGCCCCCUAUUUUUAGAGUUAUGGCCCCUGAAAUAGUCAAAAAUUCACAUUUUCACCUUGUGACAUGCCUAGCUCAAAAAGUAUUUGAUAUAAAUUGGUGAAACCUUGCAUGAGUCUUUAUCAUGAUAUGAACUUGCGCACCUACAAUUUUUCAGCUGGCUCUUCCUCCUAUUUUUAGAGUUAUGACCCCUGAAAUAGUAAAAAAUUCACAUUUUCACCUUGUGACACGCUUAGCUCAACAAGUAUUUGAUAUAGAUUCAUGAAACCUUGCAUGAGUCUUAAUCAUGAUAUUAACUUGCGCAUCUCCUAUUUUUAAUAUUGGUCUGUGCCCUAUGUCUAGAGUUAUGGCCCCUGAAAUAGUCAAAAAUGCACAUUUUCACCUUGUGACACCCCUAGCUCAGAAAGUAUUUGAUAUAAAUUGAUGAAACCUUGCAUGAGUCUUUAUCAUGAUAUGAACUUGCGCACCUACUAUUUUUCAUCUGAGUCCGCCCCCUAUUUUUAGAGUUAUGGCCCCUGCUAUAAUUAAAAAAUGCACAUUUUCACCUAAUUAUGUGCCUCACUCAGAAAAUAUUUAAUGUAAAUUCAUGAAACCUUGCUUGAGUCUUUAUCAUAAUGUGACCUUGCACAUUUGGCAUUCUUCUUGAGAAUUUUAGCAUUUAUUACAGAGUUAUGGCCCAUGAAAUAGCCAAAAAUAGUGGAUUUUUUGUUUCUGAUUGUCAUAGCUCAAAAAGUAUAUGGUAUAGAAUAAUGAAUCCUGCUCAUAUUUUUUUUGAGGCUAUACACCAUUAAGACUGCAAACAUUUGAAUUAUUUAACCUUAUUUGUGACAAAUGUACCAGUGGGGGGCACACCCUGUGUCCUACAGACACAUUCUAGUUCUUGUUUCAUUUUUGUAGCUUGUCUGAUUUUUUAAAAAAAAUCUACGAACUAUUGUUGUCACUUGAUUGUUGGUGUUGGUUAAAAUUUUUGUUUAGGUCCGUCUUUUCUCAAAAACUAUAAGAGCUACAGCUUUGAAACUAUGCACCUUGUUUAUCAUCAUUAGGUAACUGUGUAGACCAAGAACCAUAACUUUGAUAUGCAUUUUGUUAACAUUAUGGCCCUUUUUUGUUCUAAGAAAUUCUGAACUGUAAACUCUUUUCUGUCCAGCACUUGCAGAUGAGAGGUGGCACCUGUAGGCAGUGCUCUUGUUAUUUUUUGACAAAACCAAUUAAAUAAUCACCAUGAAGAUGUGACCAAGACAGUGUUGUAUAAAUUUUCCACAGAUUUUCCAACAAGUUUGGAUAAAGCUUUCCUGUGAUGUGUCCGAUACUGCUGAGCACAUAUGUGCACGUAGAGACCACUCUUUGGGUGUUAUAAAACUGUGUUUGAAUACCAGUCUCGAAAUGCUCCCAUUUUCAUUAGUCAUUUUGAUAAAUAUUCAAAGAAAUGACAGUUGUGCUUAGUUCUGAGAUUGGUCUCCAAACACAGUUUUAUGACAAAGGUCCUGCACAAAGAGAACCCUGGUACCUAGCAAAGAAAACUUACUGUUAGUAAUUUAUCUUAUACAAGGACAUUUUAACAUAAAUUCAUUUCAAUA